AUGAUGGGUGGUAUUGAUAAAAGAUUUUAUAAAGGAGAUUUAUAUAUGUUACCAGUAAUUAGAGAAUUAUAUUGGGAAAUUAAAUUAUAUGAAUUAUGGAUUGGUAAUAUUAAAUUAUGUUGUAAUAAUGAAUCUUAUAUUAUUUUCGAUUCUGGUACUUCAUUUAAUACUAUGCCACAUACUGAAUUUUUAUUAUUUAAACAAUAUAUUAAACCCAAAUAUUGUAAUGGAUUAGAAAAUAUAUAUGAAGAAUAUCCAAUAAUAAAAUAUAAAUUAGAAGGUGGUAUUGAAAUAAAUAUAGAACCACAAGAAUAUAUAUUUCUUCAUAAAGAUAAAUGUCGUAUUGCUUAUAUGCAAAUUGAUGUACCAUCAAGUUAUGGACGUGCAUUUAUACUUGGUACACAAGCUUUUAUGACACAUUAUUAUACUGUUUAUCAAAGACAACCACCUAUGGUACGUUACGGUGCUUGCUCCAACAGCAACAGCACCAAAACGGGUUCACUAACUCCCCAAAGGGGCUUCUUAACCUCUGAGAGGGGUCUCUUUAGUUAUACUAGUUAUUUACCCUUAGUAGUUAUAUACCUACAGUAUUUAUUAGUUAGUUAUACAGCUUCUGGGCCUAUUACUGGCCGUGGACCAGAACACCGUAACGCUGUAUUAGGUUGGAUUUGCUAA